ACCCUGGGCAUGGCCAUCAGCGAGCGCCCAGACCUCCGCCCCACCGUGUGCCAGGCCUUGCGCACCCUCAUCCACAAAGGCUGCGAGACAGAUGCGGAGCGGGCAGAAGUGGGUCGCUUUGCCAAAAAUUUCCUGCCCAUCCUGUUCAAUGUGUACAGCCAGCCUGAGGAGGAUGGGAGCGGCAGCGCUCAGCGCCACUCUGUGCUGGACACUGUCCGUGCUUACCUGACCAUCACCGACCCCCAGAUGGUGUGCGGGUUCCUGCAGAAAGCCAGUGAGAAGCUGACCAGUCCUGAGAGCUCCGAGUUUGCCAGACUCUCCAUCCUGGACCUGGUGGUGGCAAUGGCACCCUACGCUGAUGAGCAGUCCCUGAGCUCCCUGUACCGCACCAUCCAGCCUUCCCUCCAGAGCAAGGAGCACAGCAUGCAGAAGAAGGCGUACCGCGUGCUGGAGGAGGUGUGUGCCGCUCCCCGUGCCCCCUGCCAGGCCUUCGUCCGCUCCCACCUGCCCGAUCUGCAAGCGGCGCUGCUGGACUCGCUCAAGAGCGCGGCGUCCCCGGCCAAAAGGCCCCGGCUGAAGUGCCUGAUGCACAUCGUGAAGCAGCUCUCUGCGGAGCAUGAGCCCUUCAUCACCGCCCUGGUCCCAGAGGUCAUCCUCUGCACCAAGGAAGUGUCAGUGGGAGCCCGCAAGAACGCCUUUAUGCUGCUGGUGGAGAUGGGGCACGCCUUCAUCCGCUUCGGGCCCACCCCCCAAGAGGCCAUGCAGCGCUUCCUGCUCCUGGUCUACGCGGGGCUCACGGGCUCGGUCACCAUGAUCAGCUGCACGGUGCUGGCGCUGACCCGCCUGUUCUUCGAGUUCAAAGGUGAGCAGGAGCUGAGCGUGGUGGAGCAGCUCCUGCAGAACGUCUGCCUGCUGCUGGCCUCCCGCACGCGGGACGUGGUGAAGGCAGCCCUCGGUUUCCUCAAGGUCACACUACUGCUGGUGGACACCAAGCUGCUGGCCAAGCACGUCCAGACAAUGCUGGAGGCCGUGGGGAACCUUUCAGAUGACAUGAGACGCCACUUCCGCAUGAAGCUGCGAAACCUCUUCACCAAGUUCAUCCGCAAGUUUGGCUUUGAGCUGGUGAAGGGGCUGCUGCCAGCCGAGUACCACAAGGUGCUGGUGAACAUCCGCAAGGCAGAAGCCCGGAACCGCAAGCAGCGUGCCCUGAGGCAGGCGGCUGCGGGUAACAGCAUGGAGGAGAUCCUGGCUGACUCAGAGGAUGAGGAGGAGGAAGAGGAGGAACGGCAGCGGAGCAGGGAGCGGAGGAAACAAGCACGGCAGAAGGGCCAGGCCUGGCUGAAGGAAGGGGAAGAGGAUGAGCCCCUCAACUUCCUGGACCCCAACGUGUCCCAGCGGGUGCUGGGCCCCAAGCGGUCCAGAGGAGUGAGCCAUGACUUCCAGGUGUCUGAGGAUGGGCGCCUGAUCAUCCACGAAGAGGAGGAGGAGGAUGAUGAAGCCAAAGGAGCAGACGAGGAGAUGGCAGAUGUGCUGCAAGAUGUGGGUCUCCGCAGCAAGAAAAGCCAGAAGCGUCGGUUCAGAGAGGAGCCAGAUGAUGAGGAACCCGAGGCUGGGACCUACUCUCAGUACAGAGCUGGAGGCUCUGGGAUCCACCGGCAGCUGAACAAGGAGCCAGCCUUUGGUGCAGAGUACAGAUCCAAGAAAGGCAAAGGCGAUGUGAAGAAGAAGGGCCAGCCUGACCCCUACGCAUACAUCCCCCUGAACAGAGCUAGACUCAACAAAAGGAAGCGGGCAAAAAUGCAGGGCCAGUUCAAGGGCCUGGUGAAGGGUGCCCAGCGCGGGGCCAAGGCCGGCCGCAGGAACCGUCUGAGGGCCCAGCGCCCCUGA